AUGUCGAUCGACCAAGAUCUCGCGCCGGCUGCUGAUGCUGCUGAUGCUGCGGCUUCGACUGCACCACCCAAAUGCGCAUGGGCAACGCUGCUUACUUCCGAACACCUCCUGCCGGGCGUCGUCGUCUUUGCGCAUUCUCUGUUGGUGCAACACAAAUCGCGCUUUCCACUGGUCAUCAUGGCAACGUCCACGCUUUCCGCUCGAGCACGGACGAUGCUGACCAAUAUGCUUGCAUCGUCGCGCAUUAUUGUUCGUGACAUCUCGCCGAUCUAUCCGACGUCGACGGCUACCGGGCUGGCGUAUACGAGGUUCAACGAGGUGUGGACCAAACUUCGAGCGUUUGAGUUGACCGAGUAUGAUCGGGUUGGUCUGGUGGAUUCGGACAUGCUGGUGCUUGAGAAUAUGGAUGAAUUGUUCAGCGAGGAGCAUGUGUUUGGCUUGGGCAGAAACGAGGGCGAGGAAUGGAUUGGUGCGAGCUGGGCGUGUACGUGCAAUCCGAAUCGGAUCGCUACGUACCCUGCCGAUUGGACGCCGUCCAACUGCGGCUUUACUCGACAGUCGCUACCCGAGGCCGCAUCCAUCUCAUCGGUUGUGCAACCGAGCGAGUCGACGGCGCGACCUGCCCGACUGAUCAACUCUGGUCUAGUGAUGCUCACGCCGUCGUCGUCGACCAUGUCGGAAAUGAUCCAGCGCAUCAACACUGAUGCGCAAAUCGCGCACUACCGCUUUCCCGACCAGGACUUCCUCGCCGACUUCUUCACGCGCUCCAACGGCAACCGCCACAUCCGCUACCUACCCUACAUCUACAACGCUCUCAAAAAACUGCGCUCCGUACACACCAACAUCUGGUCAGAUACACACGCUAAAAACGUCCACUACAUCCUCGAUAAACCCUGGACGCUCGGUCGACCAGCCACCAAGUCCAACGUCGACGCCAAAGAUCCCGAUGCAGAGAUUCACGCUUGGUGGUGGAACGUGUUCGAUCAACUCAAGUCGUCGAUUCACCAGCCAAACAAGGGCACCAUUCGCCUCAGUCAGAUCGAUUGGAAGGAAUGCGUGGAGAAAUACAUGACCAUGGACUAG